ACAGAAUGGGUGCAUUGCAUCAGCAAACUUCUCAGGAAUGUCGAUCCAACAACAUUUCCAAGAAGAUCGAAAGCUAAUUCAUUCUGUUACGGACACAGCACACCGCAGACGGUGGGCGGAAAGAUCUUCUGCAUGUUCUACUCCUUGUCUGGCAUCCCGCUGUGUAUCGUCAUGUUUCAGAGCGUGGGAGAACGGCUUAACACCUUCGUCACCUUCUUGGUGAAAAAUAUACGCAAAUGUUUUAGAAUGAAGAGCACAGAAGUUUCCGAAACAAACCUGAUUCUUAUCACACUGAAUCUCUCUACUUUAGUACUGACUGCAGGAGCAGCCAUUUUCUCUUACUUCGAAGGAUGGCCCUACGUGGACGCGUUCUACUAUUGCUUUGUGACCCUGACAACUAUAGGAUUCGGGGAUUUCGUGGCGUUGCAAAAGGACGAUAUGCUCAACCAACAGCCCAAGUACGUGACGUUCUGUCUAAUUUUUAUCCUCUUUGGUUUGACAGUUAUAUCUGCCGCCAUGAAUCUGCUCAUUUUGCGUUUUCUGACUAUGAACACGGCAGACGAGAAGCGGGAAGAGCGGGAAGCAGCAGCGGCCGCCAGGGGCGCUGUUAGAUUAGAAGGUGACGUCAUCACAGCCAACGGAAGCGUGGUUUUGAACGCCCAGGAAACGCCCGAGUACAAUGACCUAAUAUCUGUGUGCUCCUGUUCUUGUUACAAUCUCCGAUCAAGGGGCAAACCCAGGUACUCGGUGACCAGGGCGCCGGGCAAAAUCUCACAUUUACUUCCAAUGCAAUCAGGCAACACAAAAGAAGAUUGCCCUAGUUCCACAGAGGACAAUUCUUCUUUCGUUCAGUGGCAGGCCCUAAGCAGGAAAAGGGCUUCGAUCUAG